UCUCGUAUGCAACAAUUUAAAUUUGUUUCAUCCGAUGUUAAAGUAACAUAUUAUAGGACUCGUCACGAACAAUUCUCCCAGUACUAUACGAAGAAGGACAGUGUUUGUUAUUGCAAAAACAUUGCUGGUCUAUUUAAACAGUUUGGUGAACCAUAUGAUUCAAAAGAGUGGCGAUUGUUCAUAGACGGCAAUAAAUUAAGUUUAAAGGCCGUAUUAUUGCAUAUUGGCAACCAAAAGCCAUCUAUCCCGAUCGCGCAUGCAGUAAAUACGAAGGAAACAUAUGAGACAAUGCAAAAAUUGCUUAAAUUAAUUAAAUACGAAGAACAUGAUUGGAAAAUAUGUGCCGAUCUAAAAGUCGUUGGAAUGCUAUGUGGUCUACAAUCUGGAUACACAAAAUACAGUUGCUUUCUAUGCAAAUGGGAUAGCCGAGCACGUCAAGACCACUACAUCAUAAAGGAUCGGCCAGAACGAAUCGCUUUUCAAGUUGUUGUGGAUAACAUAAAAUACUCACCACUUAUAAAGAAGGAAAAAAUAGUUCUACCUCCGCUCCACAUCAAGCUCGGCCUUAUCAAAAACUUUGUCAAGGCUUUGGACAAAGAAGACGAAGCUUUUCAUUAUUUGAAAACAAUCUUUCCACAGAUUUCAGAAGCAAAAAUAAAGGAAGGGAUUUUUGUGGGGCGGCAAAUAAGGAAAAUAAUGGCCAAUACCCAUUUCAAAGAACUAUUGUCACCAGUGGAGGCAGCGGCGUGGGACUCUUUUGAAAAGGUCGUUACUUCUUUUUUAGGCAAACACAAAAGUCCUAACUUCGAGCUGAUAGUGAACGAUUUAAUCAAACACUAUGUGGAAAUGGGAGUAAAUAUGUCUUUAAAAAUUCAUUUUCUGCACUCCCAUUUAAAUUUUUUCCCGCAAAAUCUUGGCGACGAAAGUGACAAGCAUGGCGAAAGGUUUCACCAGCAAAUGAAAAUGAUUGAAAGUCGGUAUCAAGGAUUCUGGGAUGUCGCUAUGAUGGGUUUCUCAUAAGAGAAACCGAUCCUUAUAUAAAUAAACGUCAAAACAAGACACAUAACUUUUUCAA